AUGGAGCUAGGAAUUGGGUGGAUCUGGGAAUUGGGUGGAGUGGAGAGUAAGGAAUUCUGCAACAAGUACUACCUGGCGACGCACCGCGCCGCGAAGCACACAUUUGUGGCGGCGCGUGUGGGUGACGGUCACUCAUCAUUCGGAAUGCUCCAAUCGCAUCUACCCGACUUUGCUGGACUUCGCGCCGAUAUGGCUAAUGCAUCGAAUGCUUCCGGAAACGCACAAACGCAACUCGAUUUGAAUCAACUCGUUUUGGCAAGCUUGGAUCCGAGCACACUGGCCAACAAUCCACUCCGCUCGCUCUACAUGAGUCAAUUGGCGCAAAUCUCCGGCGGCAGUCCAUCGCCAGCCAGCUCAGCGCCAAGUUCGGCUUCAGAGAGUCAACCGACAACCACUCAUCCAACUUCUCACGGAGACGCCACCCCGCCGGCCACCGAGAGUGCCCAAGCGAGUGCCCAGUCGGCACCACAAAUGCCCAAUUGGUUUCAACAGGCAUUGCUACCACAACAAGCCGCACUAGCUGGAUUGCCAGCGGGAAUGUCAACACUUCUCGAGCAGAUGAGCGGCGGUCUGCCGGGACUCAACCCAAUGGCUUUAGCUGCUGCACUCGCCGGUGGAGCACCUCCAAUGACUCCAAACACUGCUGCGAGUCUUUUCGGACAAAUGGCCACUUCACCACAGAAGGAAGCAAUGUGCACAAUUUGCGACAAAUCUUUCUGUAAUCGUUUCUUUUUGAAGACACACAUGGAGAAGAAGCACGGACUGAUCCUCGACGAAACCAGCAGCCCACAAAAGACGACCAGCCCGCUAUCUGGCUCGGCUUUCCCAUUUCUUCCUCCAUCGACUUCAGCUGGAAUGCCCACUCAAUCAGUGAUUGUUAAUGGAAACGAAGAGGGAACUCCGAGGAAACUCGAUCGAAUGGAAACCGAUGAGGACGAGGCGGAAGCGGCUCACAAAUCUUCUGUCGACUUCUUGUUAGCCUCAAUGCGCGGGACUUUAUCGAGUUGUGACGAGUGUGGCCGUGACUUCCCGACAGUUUUCGAAAUGAUCGCCCACAAAGCUCGAGAGCAUCCAAAUGACAAGGAGAACCCAUUUAUACGGUGCGGUGAGUGCAGUGAGAUGUUCGAUUCAGCCGAAGCAUUGCAACAACAUGCCACCAUUGCACAUACAGGAAUUACAAGGCAACUCUUAUCCGGCCUUCUCCCGCCCGGCUUUCCCUCACUUCCAUUUCUCCUUCCGCAAGGAAUGCCUCCACAAUUCGCCGGACUUGAUGCUCUCGAUCCCACCAAUCUAGCCAUGUUACAGCAAGGGGUCAGCCCGCCGAAAUCGAGUGCUGGUAGUGCACAAAAGAGAACCUAUGCGAGCAAUGGGAAAAACUACUGUGAUCUCUGCAAUAAGGAGGUUUGCAACAAGUACUUCCUUCGCACGCACAUGUUGAAAAUGCACGGAAUCGUAAUUGACGAGAACAAGCUCGUGAUAUCGAACAUCGACACCGUCGAGAAGGAGCGAAUGGGCGGAAUCACAUUCAGAUGUGACAUUUGCCUGGUGGAGCUGAAAUCCCGGCAACUCCUUCGGCAGCACAAACAGGAAACCCACGGUGUGGCGCCUCUAUCGACUCCUCAGCGCCCCAUCAAACCGCCACAACCAACCACUCCCACUCUCUCGACUCCAACACUCACUCUCAAUGGUACACCCUCAUUUUUGAGCGAGGCUCUCUUCGAGAAGUGCGUGAUUUGCGAGAAACGCGUUCACCCGGCGACUCUCUCACAACAUAUGGCAAACGAGCAUCCCGCCGAUCUUCCAGCUCACAUACUGGCUCAGUUGAAGAGCUUCCAACCACAAACACCGGAAAUCGUCUCCUGCAGGUAUUGCCCAGCGAGAUUCAAAGAGGAAUCCGAAUCCCAGCUACACAUGAUCACUCAACACGCCGCCGAAUUGCUGGCCGCCACUGCUGAUGAGCUGAAAAAAGAAGAAGGCGUAGAACGAUGUCCACAGUGCCCGUAUCAGACGAAGAACGCUCGAAAUUUGGAGAUCCACAUGGAACGGCAUGAGAGACUCAACGAAAUCAAAGGUGACGAUGACGAUGAUGCCUUGAAGAUCACCCAAGAAGUCGCGCUCAAAAUGGCCGAGUUGAACAAGUUCACUCAACCCUUCACCUCGGCUUCACUGCCGAAACCCGAACUGAAAGUGAAAUGUGACUUUUGCAACCGCAUCUACUCGAAUCAGGAUGCGCUAACUCACCACAAGCAGACAAUCCAUCAAUUCCGGACAAAGAUGCGCCCGAGCACUCAACGAGCUUUGCGCAAACUCGGAGUUUGCUUUACUUCUUUAGGCAAGAAAGCCCGUUUCCCAUGCCGAAAGUGCUCGAAGCGAUGCUGGACACAGGAGGAACACCUCAAGCACUUUGUCACUCAUUUGGGUGUAUCAAAGCACGAGAAAGUCGAGAAGAUCGAUGGUGGAUCGAGGACAAAAGAAGAGCACACUGUGCCACACGUCGAGGGUCACAGUCAUACGUCUGGAUCCGUGUCCCCAUCUGGAGCCUCGUUGCCUGAGGGUUUUGCUCGGCCGACAGCGCCCGCAUCAAAUCAAUCCUAUGUCAUGCAAUCAUUUGUCCUCCGGGAAAACCCCUCCGCCACUUCUGGAGCUUUUCCGAAUGAGUUGUUGUGCCAUCUCCCCGUGCGAACACCCCUAUCGGGCUCAUUGUCAGUGACUUUCGACGUGAUCCCACACACUUCACAACCCUCACCCACCGGAUACCCUAUC